CGGCUCCAGCAGACUGCCAAGUGACACCAGAGGAUGACGGGAUACAAAAUCACAGCGGGCGACGUGGAGGCCGGGCCUCAGGACAGGAUGGAGGUCCUGGUGCAGAAGAAGUCAUCCACAGGGUGGCUGUGGAAGCUGCUGGCGGUGCUGCUCCUCCUGGCGCUUUGCCUGGGAGGCGCCCGGCUCUACGUCUGGUACCAGCUGGAACGAUCAGAACCAACAACGCAGGCAGGAAACACAGCAGCACCGUUCAGAAUGGACUCUGAGGAGGCGGCAGGCGCUCGGUCCACACUGCAAGAAAUGAGCAAAAAAGCAAAGGCAGCCAUUCAUCUGGAAGGUCAUUACGAUGAAAGAGGCAACGCGACGGCCGUGGAGUGGCGCGACCGCGUGGGCCAGGCCUUCUCGCAGGGCAACUUCCGCCUCCAAGACAACCGGAUUGUCAUCCCGGAGAGCGGCCUGUACUUCGUCUACAGCCAGGCGUCCUUCCGGGUGUCCCGGUCCGGCGACCAGGAGGGCGAGUGGCGCCCGCCGACCCUCAGCCACCGCGUCCGCAGGAUGUCUCGGGCCGUGGGGACCCGGGUGUCCCUGCUGAGCGCCGUCAGGUCGGCCUGCCAGAGCGUCCAGGAGGACGGCGAGCGGUCGGGCCACGGCUGCUACAGCACCAUCUACCUGGGCGCCGUGUUCCAGCUGGACAGAGGAGACACGCUGGACACGGAGUCCAACCCGCUGAAGGAGCUGGACACGGACGAGGGGAAAACCUUCUUUGGCCUGUUCGCGCUCUGAGCCGCUGCUGUGAAACUAAGACUCUGAUCCUGGACAGGAUUUAAAAAGA